UGGCAUAACCCCUCCCUUGCUGUUCAAACAGCAAAAAUAAGAGUCACUGUAAUUUGAUAUCAUAUACAUUAUAUAAAAUAAAGAGAAGGCCAUUUAAGAUUUAACAGAUGGGUCACAACUGAAACACACUGAGCACUUUAUGAGUAUCUCCCAGAUCUGUGUAACUAAAAAUUUAGUAUUUGUAUCAAUGUGUUUAAAAACAUGUUUAAUGAAUGAAAAAUGUGUGAUAUGCUCCCUAUUAUAUUUAUGUUUGAAUAAAACAUCCUUAAGAUGAUGGUGAUUAUUAUUAGUAUAGGUAAUAUUAUUUACAUUUGCGUUUUAUUGGAUAGACUUAAGUAAAUUAUAGUCAGUGCUGUUUGACGCAGACUUACCAUUGCGCAGUAUCACGUGAUUAACUUUCCAUUACCUUUGAGUUCACGAGACUUAAGGCAACGACCGAUAUCUGCGAACUAUUCUCCUAUAUUUUUUUACAUUUGUAAUUAUUUUGGAUGCUUCAUUUAUGCUUAUUAUAUGAUAUUAUUACGGUAAAACGAAUAUUAUAUUACGGUAAAACGGUCAAGUAACUGAACACGACAGUUUAUGUUGCGUUUUGUUCACGUAACUUUUUAUAAGUAGCGUAACAUAUAGCCUACUGCAUUAGGGCCACGACGAUUUAAAAUGCUUUCAGCAACCGAAAAAGAGCUUAUUGUACAGAUAUGGGAAAAAAUGCUUCCUGUGGCAGAAGAUAUUGGAUCUGAAGCUCUUUUAAGGAUGUUCACAACGUUCCCUAAAACAAAGACAUACUUCGCUCAUCUAGACAUCAGUCCCAGUUCAGAGCAUUUAAGGUCCCACGGGAAGAAAAUUGUCCAGGCUUUAGCCGAAGGUGCCAAAAACAUAAGCACACUUACCACUACGUUGGCACCCCUCAGCAGAUUUCACGCUUAUCAGUUAAGAAUACAUCCUACAAACUUCAGGCUUCUCAAUCACUGCUUACUUGUGACACUAGCUUGCAAUAUGGGUGAAAACUUCACCGCAGUUGCGCACGCGGCGGUGGACAAGUUUCUUUCAGCAUUCUCUGCAGUUUUAUCUGAGAAAUUCAGAUGAAGACACCCUC